CACACCCCGUCUGGAGAUACUGUACUGUGUACCGAACAUCGUCCUGCUACAGUAGUGUAAGGUACUCGGUGUAGUAGUAGGAGAGGGAGGGGCCGAGGGGUAAAUUGCCGCCCUCCAGACAUAUUACCCUUGGGUAUAAGCCAGUGGACCGAUGAAAUAAUUAAAUCAUACCUAUCUAAGGUAUACGCCCUUUCCAACCACCUACCGACUCUAGAACCGUACAUACUUCUCCCGGCCACAGAGGACCAGGACCAGACCAGCCAUACUACUGUUCCACAUACGACAGUCUAGAGACCACCUUACAUUGAACGAGGGCCGGACACCAACCCAAGUUAAACAAUCUAAUCCAAACCGGACAUUUGAUCUCUUAAAAUGUCCUCAUCCGGUGACCAACCCAAAAUAACAUCCUCGACCGACCCAUCCCUCCGCCCCCUGCACAACGCCCUCUUCGACGCGGGCCUCGCCACCCGGCGCGCCGUCGUCGGCGACGUCUACGUCGACCGCGCCCUGGCCAACGGAUCCACCGAAUUCUCCCGCCCCGGCCAAGAACUCGUGACCGAAUGGUGCUGGGGAUACGCAUGGACACGACCGGGGCUGGCGCGCCGUGAUCGAUCUUUGCUCAAUAUUGGAAUGUUGAUGGCGUUGAAUCGUGGACCGGAAUUGGCAGUGCAUGUGCGCGGAGCGAGGAGGAAUGGACUUUCGGAAACAGAAAUUCGUGAGGCGAUUUUGCAUGCGACGACGUAUUGUGGGGUGCCGGCGGGCGUGGAUGCCAUGAAGAUUGCGGAGAGGGUGUUGGAUGAGAUGGCGCAGGCUGGGGAGAUGGAGAGGGAGUUGGGGGGGAAGAGUCAGGAUGCUUAAAACAGCACAGAGAAACCCCUGGGGACAACUGACAUUGGGAUCUCUAUACUAUCAGUAGAACUUGUGAUCUGAUCUGAUCAGGCAGUAUCAAUACGUGCAACUGGUACA